CUCUUACAGAUGACAGGAAUAGCCAUGGGGCCCUUUUGCCCUUUUUCUCUGGGAGGGGGGGCCACCAUCUUCGCCCUCCAAGUCUCUCGUCACCGUGGAAUCCAUCAACCAUCAUGCAAGUGCUACCGCUUUGCAGGAGUCGUGCCUGGGGGCUCCAGCAAGUCAGCGUCGAGAGCACACGGCCAGCGCCGGUCUCGACGCACUGCCGAACCUCACCAGCCGCUAUAUACCCCCUUUGUGCGCCGCAUAUCCAUGCCUUUUCAUGUAACUUCUCAUCGCAAUGUGUUUCGGACCCUCCACCAGGAGGCAAGAUCAUCAAAGCUGGAUUUGACUUUUAAAAAGAGUUGCGGUGCCCUCACCACCUCACCAUGAAACUCGUCCAAGCCCUUCUUAACUCUCGCCCUCGACUUCGAUUUCGAUUCUCGUCCCUCGCUCUCUUCUCUUUCCUCUUCUUGGUCUGUAGUCCUGCCACCUCGCAUGCAGCCCCGUCUGUCCGCGAGACUCGCAACAUCAAUCACAACAACCCAUUGAACAUUGAUUGGGAUCCCGCACCGUCACCCGAGGACGGACCUCCAGCAUCGGCCGGUGCCUUGAGAGAUCCCGCCUACAUCCCUUACCAGGUCGGCGCCAUCGUCGGCUCGUACGGAGUUUCCUUGGUGCUGGUCGCCGUUUUCCUGCUCAUCCUCUCCAAAAGACGUCGCGAGGCCUUAUCUGCCGCCAACCAGGAGAUCGAGGUCGACUUCGACGAGCUUGAGCCCAAGUCGCCGCCGCCAAAACUUACGCUACAUGUGCCAAGCUCUCUCAGGAGUAUACCACGGAGCCCAGUUCGCAACUUUUCGUAUCCCUCAGCGGACGAGUAUUACACGCCCGAGUACCCGACACCCCAGACACCAUACGUCACCCCGACACCCACGUCAACGCUUCACGCACCCGGUGUAGAUUUUACCGUAGACCAACGAGUGGUCGCCCAAGACAAGAAAAUGGCGCAGUCACAGCUCGAGGAGAUGUACAAGUACGUGAUGGAGCAGGAGGAGGCCAAGGCGCAGGGAAUCAAGCUGGAGGAGCCGCCGCGGGCGCUCUCCAGCCACCCACCACAGCUGCAGACACCGUCGCAUGCCAGCUUCAGCAGAUCGUCCGUCAGGAAGGAGAAGCACAAGCCGGGUAACCUGAACCUCGUCGAGGGCAAGCCGGAGGGCAAGCCGGGGGGCAAGUUGGAGGGCAAUCCAGAGGAGAAGCCGGGGGAGAAGCCGGAGAAGAAGCAGUCGAGGGCAUCGUCCAUCUUUGCCGCCCUGCGCUCGCCCAAGAAGACCAAGGAGGUUAGGGCCGUCAACAUCUCAUCGCCCAUCAUGACGCCCAUGACGGGCACUUUCCCGCGCCAUGAGUCGCAGGAGAUGAACGCCAUCCAGCCUCGGCAGUACGCGCCGCCGCCGCCGCCUUCGUUGCCUAGCCAUCAUCACAUGUCGUACGGGGGUGUGCACCACAACAACGGACAGAUGUCGCCCGUCAGUCCGGAACACUCGCCCGAGAGCACGCAGAGCAUCGACGAGCGGAUCGGCGGGCACAUCCCCAUCGGUAUCGAUCACGUCCGCCACCCUUCGGCGGCGCUGUCCGAGAGGGAUCCGAACUCGGCCGUGUCGGAUAGGUCGACGGCCCCACUCAUUGGGCUGCCGUCGACCCCAAAGCCGGGCGCACGGUUCUCCACCUCCACCCUCCCGGCAUCCCCGAGACCGGGGGCAUCGUUUCAGAUCCCUCCCCCGCCGGGGGCCGGUGGAGGUGGUGGUGGUGGUGGUGGUGGUGGUGGGUACCGGUCCAAAGCGCCCUCGGCGGUGCGGACCGGCGGGGCGCUGCCGCUGCGCGCGUACGAGCCCGCGCUGAACUCGCCGUCGCAGUCGUCACAGACGACCAAGCAGACGGUGUUCACGCGUACGGGGCCGCUGUCGCCGUCCGGGGCGCGGACGCCGGCGACGGGGAUGGCGGUGCCGUACUCGCCCUACCAGCCCUUCACGCCGUGCGUACCCAUGACGCCGUCGCUAGUGACCAAGGCGGACCGCAAGCGGAUGAAGAAGCUGGAGCCCAAGACACCGACGAGGGAGAUGGUCAGGAGCGAGGAAGACAUCUGGUAAAUUGGAAUAGGGGCGGUGGUUAGAAAAAGGGAAAUACCAAAUAGACUGUAGGAUCGUGGGAUCAGGGUGCCUGGCGGGCGACCGUAGGUAUAAUGCUUUGACGAAAUUUCCCUUCUUUUCCUUUCUUGUCUUUUCCGUUUGCUUCUCUCUCUUCUUGAUUCGUCGGGUAGACAGAUACACACAGAAUGAAAAUGCCGGUUUUUGGCGUCAUCUCUGUCAAUGGUUCUUCUCACUGACCUACACACGUA